UAUUCUAAUACGUGUCAGACAAAAUGACUGUCAUGUUAUGUAGUGUAUUUUUCGUUGGAUUGUUUUCCAGUGCAGUACUUGCACACACGAUAGAAGAAAGGUUGUUGGCUCUAGAGCAAGAAAAUGUUGAUCUUAAACUACGUUUUAAUGCUUUGGAGGGAGAAAACAACAACCUGAGAAAGCAAGUUGAACAUUUUAUUAUCAGGAUGAAGCCACUGGAAAGCAAAGCUUUUCCAUUGAAAAGACAAACUAUACCAGAACAGGUGGCGUUCCAUGCGUUUCAAGACGGAAAUAAAUGCAUUCAGAACAAACAAACACUGGUGUAUGAACACGCGCCUAUCAACGAGGGGAACGGAUAUUCUUCAAGUGAUGGAAUAUUUGACGCCCCUCUUGCAGGUCUUUAUGUGUUUACAUGGACAGUUGCCGAUUUUCAUGACUGGUACGCCACAGAAUUGAUGGCAGAUGGGGUCAGCAGAGGCGCCACCAUUGCGGACAACGGGGAUACUGACAUAGCUACCGGGACGGCUAUUGCUCUUGUGAAGUUAAACGCGGGAUCGCAUGUCUUUGUGCGGCGUUCAAUUGGCGGCGGUUGCAAUGUUGUAAAUAUAGCCGAACGUGCCAGAAAUUCGUUUUCUGGUUGGCUGUUGUUCCCUGCUGAAACUUAAUAAAUGAACGAUUCUGUUUAA